CUUCCGUCCACCACUACUUUAUUUUUGGACGAACCCAAAAGGCCUGACCGCUGAACACCACUCGACAUCUGACAGUCUUCUCAAAGCGCCAUCAUCAUGGAGCCAACACCUACGUCAAGCCUCAAAAAACGUGCGGAGGGAGAGUUCGUAGUCCCGAACUACGGUUCCUCCAGCUCUCUGGAUUCCAUGUCGUCUUCCCAAACCCGACCUCGCAGAGAACUUGGCCGAGUGGCCUCAGUUCGUCGCUAUUUGGCCGCGGAAGUCGACGGUUCGCAGGUUAACCCACCCCUAUCCGCCUACGCCUUCAUGACCGGUUACAUCGAUGCCAUUUCGUUCUCUACAAUCUUCGUUUGGGUGGGCUUCCAGACAGGGAACUUCACUCAGCUCGCACUCUCUUUUGCCCGCACCAUCGAAGCCUACCUAUGGGGCCCCCCAGAAUCCGCAGUCUUCUUCGUCCAGCAUCCUCCAGUCGCCACACGCCUGAUGCCUCCAGCAGAACAACUGGCCGCCUGCUCAAUAUUUUCCUUUGUUCUGGGCACAUUCCUGUUUGGACGGAUAGGAGAUCGAAUUGGCACCCACAAACGCGGAUGGCUGGUGUUUGGGACGCUGUUCCAGGCGCUACUCACAUUGGCAAGCGCGAUCACAUUCAGACUUUUGGAACAGGAGCCCUCAAUUCCGCCGACCAUCGCCUCUCUGAAUCCCCUCACGACUGUCAGCCUAAAGUAUUUCUUUGGGAUCGCAUGUCUCAGUAUGAGUCUGGGGGUUCAGGGUAUCAUGGCGAGGAGAUUGGCAACCGCAUUCAGCACGACAAUUGUCCUUACCGCCAUCUUCGUCGAACUGACUGCUAAUCCCGCCCUCUUCCAAUUCAGCCGAUCGUCACCAGCGCGAGACCAGCAGUGGUUGGCUGCCAUCUUCCUCUUCAUUGGCGCCUCGGUUGCUCGGUUGAUUCUGGGUCAGGUUGGCGUUGCUUCGACGCUAGCAGUUGCUGUCCUCUUCAGGGUCGCCAUCGCCUUUUCUUGGCUAUUUAUCCCCGCAAGACACAUCCACCUGCCGUGAACGUUUAGUUCGGUUUUAUUCGCUUUACAGCGCGUUCUCGGCUCUUAGAUGUCAAGUGCGUGUCGCUCUUUUCUCGCACCUGAACCCUGUUCACCCGCUAUUAUGUGGGACCACAUUUACACACCAGCGACGUACAUUAUUUCUUUUCUAUUCGCAUAGACCAUACUUACAGGUAGACUUUUUUAUGGAAUAGAACGUUGCGCCCCUUUUACCU